AUGGACGAGCAAGAGUUCGAGUUGAUAUGCUCGCUGGAUGACUUUCCCAGUACAAGUGAGCCGCAGCUCUCCGUGUCAGAAGAAACUUUUUACAUCAUCAAGCGUCAGAUACAACACCAGCAAUUUCGUUCAGAUUUGAGGAUACACCGGCAAGAAAAGUGCCUGAAAAAGUAUGUGGCACGCAUGGACGCUGGCGAGUCUUUAAGCGUAAUCGCUAAGUCUGUCGGAUUUUCACCAUGCAUGAUGGCACGCUUAUUGCUUGCUGCUAAGUAUGGAAUGAGUAAAACUACAAUCUCUAACUUUUUUAAAGAAGCUAUGAGAGAUGAGAGUGACGAAAUGGCGAACGAACCCAACCAUCGAGGCCUUUCGAAAGACGAUUACGCGCGGGUCAUUCGAGAGAUUCUUGAAUGCAUCAAUCAGGAUGCGAUCGGCUCGCCGUUUGCGGACCGCGUCCGCCAUAGCACGGGCAUCGAGUACGAGUAUUUGCUAUUACAGACGCUUUGCAACCGUCAGUUGGUGUAUGAAAGUGAGGAUACGCUUCGUGAAAAGGGGUUAUCCAAGACGCCCGACGUGAGACUGUUGCUACCAAUCGGGGUGAAGAACGCAGUAAGCGGUGAAAUGCAUGUGGUUAAUUGGAUUGACAGUAAAGCGAUGUUCGGAGAUCAACAUACUCAUGAGACAGAGAAUGCAAGUCAGUUACAAGGACAGCUUAGCUCUGAUAAGGACAUUCUCAUCGUGAAAUCAUUCCCAGACGAGAUUACGCUUCCAGGUGGUUGGGAUCCAUUAGCAUCCGUGGCAAAAUUACAGGAGGGUGCACAAAUUAAGUUGCAACCUGCAAACGUACAGACGGACUUUGAUGACGACUGGAUACCUAUCACAACGUAUGAAUUGUAA